AUGGAGCCGUUCUCAUUCGCAAGCUCCGAGUCGCUGGACUAUCCAGUGAGCAUCCGCAUAAUCAAUCUUGAGGGCGACGAAACGCCAUUCCUACACUCGACUCUCUUGGAGAAAGCCGAGCUGAGGCACAUCGGCUCUAACACAAGUUCGCACUCGGAUCUCUACGUCACGGUGCAAGUAUGGGCCGGUUCCAAACCCCUGACAGUGCCCGUCCAAACGGCCUACAAAUCUUUCCGCAAUGAGAGGAGAUGGAACGAAUGGCUUACCCUGCCGAUCAACUACAAUACCCUCCCCUUGAACUCCUGUCUCGCCAUCACGCUUUGGGAUUCGUCCCCCGCCGGCGGGAAACAGGCGAGAGGCCAUGCGAUUCCCUUUGGGGGCACCACACUACCGCUCUUCGACCGAGAUAACCAGGUGCAGAAAGGCCGGCAGAAAUGCAUGGUUCACCGACACAAGAACGCCGACGGCAAUGACAACACCACCACGCCUGCGGUGCCCCGCAAGAAGAGGGACGGGUCAAGGAAGGGUACGGCCCCCCCGGUGGACAAAGAUGCUGAAGAGCUGGAGCGCAUGGAGAAGCUAUUCAAAAAGCACGAGAUGGGCGAGAUUCCGAGAAUCGACUGGCUUGACCAGCUCGUCUUCCGCGGGUUCGAGAAGCGCGGCUUGCAGUCGGCGAAAGCCUCGUUGAAGACGCUGCAGCGCCAGGGGACGGCAAACGGGGACACGCCGGAAAAAGAGGGAAACACGGACGACGAGAAGGGUAUCGUGGACACCGAGUCUCAUCCUGGGUUUUCCAAGUUUCAACUCAACGUCGAGCUACCGCGGUUCGAUUUCCCCGUCGUCUUCGCCGACUUGGAGUACGAUCCUCCGCCAAUCUCCAACCUGCAGCACAUCUCCGCCUCUCAGUCCAAUGUCAUGUUGAAACCGCCUCCCGAGGUCCAGUUCGGGCCUGGUAUCAACGCGCUUGGCGAUGCGGCGGGCGGCCCCGGCAGCCGGUUGAUGAAGGUGUACGACCCCGAGGUCGGGGCCCGUGACAACCCGGCCGAGAGCAAACACCGAAGACUCGUCAGAAGCCAGCAUCGCCACGGCGUCCUCGACAAGGACCUUAAGCCGAACGCCAAGGUCCGCGACGAACUGAACCUCAUCAUGUCCUAUUCGCCGACACACACGUUGACUCCCGAGGAGAAGGACCUGAUCUGGAAGUUCCGCUAUCAUCUUACCCGCGACAAGCGUGCCGUCACCAAGUUUGUCAAAUCGGUCAACUGGCAAGACCACAGCGAAGCCAAGCAGGCCGUGCAGGUCCUGGGACGAUGGACCGAGAUUGACGUCGACGACGCUCUCGAGCUGCUCGGCCCCAGCUUUGACAACCAAGCAGUCCGAGCAUAUGCCGUGGAGAGGCUGCGUAAGGCGGACGAUCACGAGCUACUGCUCUACCUGCUGCAACUGGUGCAGGCACUCAAGUACGAACACAUCCGGGCAGACUCGUCCCAGGAGGCCAUCCAGGAUUCUUCCCUGGCCCAGUUCUUGAUAUCCCGUGCGGCCGGGAACUUCCUCCUUGGCAACUACUUCCACUGGUACCUGAUGGUGGAAUGCGACGAUCACAGCCCCGAGCAGGGGUUGGAUAACCGCAACAUCUACCGCAAGGUGGCGUACGACUUUAUGACGGAACUGGUGAAGCAACCGGAUGGUGUCGAGUCGAGGAAAACGUUGUUAAGACAGGCCGAGCUGAUCGCGAUCCUGUCCAAGAUCUCGGGGGAGGUGAAAACGUCGCACGAAUCCAUCGCGAAGAAGACGGAUCGCGUGAAGCACUUCCUGGCCGAUCCGAAGAACGAAAUGUUGACCAUCGACCCGCCGCUGCCGCUACCGCUUGAUCCUACCAUGCUAGUCAUUGGCGUGGUGCCCGACGAAACGACCGUCUUCAAGUCGUCGCUGUGCCCUAUCAAGGUCACGUUCAAGACCACCACGGGGAAGAAGUACCCGAUCAUCUUCAAGACGGGCGACGACCUGCGCCAGGAUCAGCUGGUCAUCCAGAUCAUCACUCUCAUGGACCAGCUACUGCAGAAGGAGAACCUGGAUUUGAAGCUGUCGCCUUACAAGAUCCUGGCCACGAGCACGACCGCAGGCGCAUCCCAGUUCGUCCCGUCCGUCAGCUUCCAGAGCAUCGCUUCAAAAUACAAGAACAACCCGGCCCUGACGUACUUGAAAUCCAACAACCCGGACGACCGACAGCCCUUGGGCCUGCGACAGGAGACGCUGGAUACGUACGUCAAGUCUUGCGCGGGGUACUGCGUCAUCACGUACAUCCUGGGCGUCGGCGACAGACAUCUGGACAAUCUCCUCCUGGCCCCCGACGGGCACUUCUUCCACGCAGACUUCGGCUUCAUCCUUGGACGGGACCCGAAGCCGUUCGCGCCAGUGAUGAAGCUGUCCAAGGAGAUGGUGGACUGCAUGGGCGGCGUCAACUCGGAGCACUUCAAGCAGUUCAAGCAGUAUUGCUUCUUGGCCUACACGGCUUUGCGCAAAUCGUCCAACCUCAUCCUGAAUCUGUUCAGCUUGAUGGUCGACGCCAACAUCCCCGACAUUCGGCUCGAGCCCGACAAGGCCGUCCUGAAGGUUCGCGAGAGGUUCCACUUGGAGCUGACGGAGGAGGAGUCGAUGUUGUUUUUCGAGAGGAUCAUCGAAGAUACCCUCGGCGCCAUCGCGCCGGUCGUCAUCGACAAACUCCAUGAGCUCGUGCAGGCGUUUCGGAAUUAG